AUGGCUCUUUCCAGAGCAGCCGGUGCUGCCAGCGGGCAGCGCACUGCUCUGCGCAGUAGGCAUGGCGUACGCCCAUUCAGCGGCAGCCGGGUCGGGCCCGGGCGCGUGGUGGCAAGGGCCGCAGAGGAGGACGAGGCUGCUGCCGAGGCCCCGCAGCCAGCUGUGGAGGCGGAAAGUUUCAGCUUCAACUACAGCGAGGCGCGUCGCGGCAACUCGUACGAGGCGUCGGACGUGCAGGCGGCCCUGGACUACUACAGCGGCGGCGCGGGCGACAUGCCCUACGAGGCCGACUUUGCCGUGAACCGCUUUGGCACUGAGGACGCCGCCUUCUUCGACGACAUCGACAACAACGAGGGCUACGCCGCCAGCGAGUACCUCUCCGUCGGUAUCGAGGAGGCGGCCCCCAAGACCAAGCAGCGCGGCGCGCGCGACGAGGACGAGGCGUUUGAGGAGGCGGUCGAGGAGUUUGACCAGGAGCGCGCCGCCAGCGCCGCGUUUGAGGGCGUGGAGGUGCUGGAUGAGGACCUGCUGGACGACGUCGACGCCGCGGACGCCCCCUGGUCCUGGGACGCGGGCGCUACUGCUGCCGCGCCCACCGCCGCGGCAGGCGCUGCGGGCGACGCCGAGGAGGACUCCAUCCUGGCGCAGCUGGCAACGAUCGACUUUGAGGCCCUGAAGGACGAGGACGUGGAGCAGCGCGAGCUGGCCAGCAUGGUGGUUGACGCGCUGGGCGACGACCUGGACCUGGUGGCGCUGGCCGACAGCGAGGGCGAGGUGGCUGCGGGCCAGGAGCUCAGCCAGGCCGAGGAGGCCCAGGUGGACGAGGUGCUGGCGCUGGACGCCGCCGAGCCCACCCCCGAGCUGGACCCGGCCGUCGCCGCCGCCCUGGCGGAGCUGGAGGGCGAGGAGCAGGCCGCGGCUGAUGCACCGCUGCCGGCCGCCGACGUGGAGGCCUACCUGGCCGCUCUGCGCGCCAUCGACCCCGCGACCGCCGGCGGCAGCGCCGCCGCGCUGGGCGAGGACGUGCGCAAGGAGGCGGUCAUCGUGCCCGAGGGCGAGGCGGCGCCGCUGCCCGACCUGUCGUACCCCGAGCUGCCCGCGGACGUGCUGGCUUCCGACGCGUCGCUGUUCCAGUCGGCGCUGGCUGCUGGCGACGACGCCGAGACUGACGCGGUGCUGGCGGCGUUCAGCGCUGAGCUGGCGGAGCUGGAGGCCAUCCAGGUGGCCGACUACAACAACCCCCUGGGCAGUGCCGCCAUGUUCCCCGAGGAGGCUGACCUGGAGACCUACGAGUCCAUCCUGGACGCCACCGCGGAGUACAUGGCCGCCACCGGGGACGAGACCACUGGCGAGCUGUUUGAGGACGGCGCUGACGACGACGCGGCCAUCAACCCCUACGACGACCUGGACGCGUCCCUGGUGGCGCGCGGCCCCCUGGUGGAGCUGGAGGAGGACGACAGCAACUUCCAG